AGUCUCUGAAAGCGCGCGUCAGGCAUUCAAGUAUUUACUGCCUCAAUCGUCAGACCAUCAUCAGUUACAGAGAGGUCGUGUAACCGAGUGGUGGCAUUUUGCGCAAGUACGUACGCUCGGCAGAAAUGGCGGAUAACCUGAAGCCCGUGGCCCUCUUCCUGCUGAUGCUCAACUUCUGCAUGUACCUCAUUCUCGCCAUCAUCGGCGGGUGGGCGGUCAACUUCGCCAUCGACCAGGGCUUCAUCAUAGGCCCCGAGCUGCGUCUCCCGGCGCAUUUCCACCCAAUAUUCUUUCCGAUCGGGAACUUCGCCACCGGCUUUUUCGUGGUGUUCUCGCUGCUCGCCGGCGUCGUCGGGUUGGCCUCCUGCAUCGUGGGAUUCAGUCACGUCCGGUUCUGGAACUACAGCAGCCUGCAGUCCGCGGCGUCGCUCGGUCUGCUCGCCUGGGCGCUUACCGUCUUAGCCAUGGGGCUGGCUUGCCAGGAGAUCAGUUUUGACCGAAGAAAUGCGAAGCUGGGGACCAUGGAGGCGUUCACGAUAGCCCUAACAGUGACGCAGCUCUUCUACAUCCUCGUGAUCAAGGCGGGCGGUCACGGCCCCGUCCAGGUCGAACGGCACAACGCCUUGGGCCGCUGAUCGGGUCGGAGGAUACGUACGCCUCAGAAGGAGCAGAGCCGCCGGAGAAAGUUUACUUGUUGUGGUUGUGAUUUUUCACACAUGUGAAUGAUGAUUCUUUGAGUGGGAUUGGUGAAAUGAGGGGAUCGGUGUUGAAGUAAUAAAUAUAUUGUGUAUCCUGAUCGGAGUACAUAAAAGAUGCAGUUGCGCUUUA